GCUCAAGGAUUGAGUCACAGUCUUUCACCUCAAAACUCCAACCAACAACCUUCCAGAGUUGGAGCGUAGAGUGAAAUAUUCCUUCGUCGCUUGAAACUUGGAGCGACAAUCAUUUACAAUUGGAGCUGCGAGUGACACUUGCAUCUCACGCUUGAAAGGUUUAAGGAUAGUUUGUUGAAUCGUGUCCUCAACUAUCUAGAGCCGUUAUUACAAAAAUAAAAACUAUCUAGAGCCGAAUACCAUUUUGAAGAUAAAUUUUACAUGGAGAUAUUGAGCGACAUAGACUAUUAUAUCUCAUAGACACCUUACACAUAAGUUCCUACACCAAGGAGUGUGACUUAGACUUCAUAUGGUCACGUUUGUCUAGCCUCAGCGGUUCAUCACUAAAGUAUUUUGAAUUGAUACGUUGUUGAGAUCCUUACUGUCAAUGAUGAUGAUCAACCGUCAUAUUUUCAAGGUGAUUACUAAAGGUGAUGUUUAGGUCGUCAUUCACCAGCUUCAACAAAUUGUGCCUUAAGGCUAUUCGGGUGGGUCAAUUCUUCGUGAUUUUCUUCCGUUGCUUUUUUCUUCUCUGCUGUCUUAGAUUUUAGGACAGUUAAAACAAACUACAAACGAGAUUGUCCAUAUAAAGGUGUGAAACCGUAGAGUUAACUUCUUUCCACUUAAUAGCUUUUCGAUUAAGGAUGUAGGGGGAGCGGUUUGGGCUUUUUUUUAGUUUUGACUAAUUUCUCGUCGUUUCUAUGGGGGGAAAGUGUGAUUAGAGUUCAGGGUUGGUAGGUCUUAGAUUAUUUCACUCGCCUCUUUGGAUUUCAAUGGUGUUGCUCAGUUCACUCAGCAACACUUCAAUGUGAAGAACCUCGACCGCUCUCCCGCUGACAAGAAUCUGAUUCCCGAUUUUACACCGUAUAUGAUAUCUAUCAAUCCAUCCGUGGAGCUUCCGAUGGCGCAACGAUUGUAUGACACUUCGCAAUGAAUUGGGUAUCUUAACACCAUCGUUUUCAUUUAACCAAAACAAAAAAAGGUAACAGCUUGAACUCUAAAUUCUCCUCCUUUUCUUCUCCGUCCUUCGUCUCAAGGAAGCCAGAUUCAACCCUGAAACUCUUUGGCUCGCUCUGGCACCCGACACGACCUGGCAUCUCCUUUUCUCCACCAGGUACUUCCCUGUAACCUCCAUUUCGUUCUCAAAACCCCACAUUUCUUGUAUAGUGUCUUAAGAGCAUAUUUGUACUGAACUAAACUUGAAUGGAUUAGAUAAGAAUGUGAAGAAUUGGGAAUGAUCUUGUUCUUUCUGUUAUCAUUGCUAGUGAUCCGAUUCCCGAUUUUACACCGUAUAUGAUAUCUAUCAAUCCAUCCGUGGAGCUUCCGAUGGCGCAACGAUUGUAUGACACUUCGCACUGAAUUGGGUAUCUUAACACCAUCGUUUUCGUUUAACCAAAACAAAAAAGGUAACAACUUGAACUCUAAAUUCUCCUCAUUUUCUUCUCCGUCCUUCGUCUCAAGGAAGCCAGAUUAAACCCUGAAACUCUUUGCCUCGCUCUGGCACCCGACACGACCUGGCAUCUCCCUUUCUCCACCAGGUACUUCCCUGUAACCUCCAUUUCGUUCUCAAAACCCCACAUUUCUUGUAUAGUGUCUUAAGAGCAUAUUUGUACUGAACUAAACUUGAAUGGAUUAGAUAAGAAUGUGAAGAAUUGGGAGUGAUCUUGUUCUUUCUGUUAUCAUUGAUAGUGCUUUAGUUGGGGGAAGGGUUGUAGGAAUGUGGUACAAAGCAUUAACUUUAUUGAUUGAUUAUCUUUGUAUUGGGUCGUCAUGCCCUUGUUCUAGUAGCCGUUAGGGUUUCAGAUUACCGACUAUGGAGAUUAAUGUUGAUUGUAAAUUUGUAAUGUCAUUGGGCUAUAAACCAACUUAGAGGUCUUUUUGGGUGUAGUUUUCAGGAAAGGCAUAUCAGUCUCCAUUGAGCUUCACUUGGAUUGAUCUUUAUCCAGUGGUUAGUCUGUUUGUAAUGCCUUAGGGUAUCAACUAGUUUGUCUUAAAUGAUCUACAUGUACAUGUAGUUCAACUCUACAAUGUUCUUGAGUGCUCCGGAAAAGGUUAAGAUGCAGCGAGAAUACGUUGAAUGUAUCUUCUAAUGGCUCUUAAUGAUAUGUGGGCAGUGUGAGAAUGGAGGAUGUUGGAACUGGAAGUAAUGCAAAUGACUGUUUCGACUUCGAGCUUGAUGCGAAGGACGUAUGGCCCACAAUCUUCGAGUAGUUAUUGAUCGAUUUGAUGAUUGAAGAAGUUGGGAAGGGAAAUAUGAGAACUACUACUUUCACGAGAUAGGGAUGGCUCACCAUUAAGAAGGUGCUGAAGGAUAAGUUCAACAAAGAAUACACCGACGUGCAACUGAAGAACAAACAUAACCAACUUAGACAAAGGCAAAGGAAUUUCAAUACUUUAGUCAAUGAGGCUGGAGUUGAUUACAACAUGAAAACAUGACAAGUUGUUGCUUCCCAUGAAGUUUGGGAUAAGAUGACCAAUGUCAUAAAUAAUAGUUCUUUACAUUUGUUCACUUACCUAGAGAUUUUGACUGGUCCUUGAUAAAUAGUAAAUACAGGUUCAUAAAAUUCCUGUGAGAUUCAGGAAGCGAGGAUGUCCAGAGUUCCCCAAACUGUGCACUAUAUUCGGAGAUACUAGAGCUUUAGAAGUGUCUGCGACAGUUGUUGUUGCUAAUGCUACUGCUCCACAAAAUUUGUUUCAAAUGAUAAUCGGACGAGUAACAAUCAAAACAAGGGCAUCAAUGUCGAAGUUAUAUCACACGAAAGCGAAAGAGGAGAUCAUGGAAAUGGCUCAUCAUCACAUAACACUAAAGCCGACUAUAUAAUGAAGUGUGUGAAAAUUAUGGAUGAUUUGGGGAUCGAAGGAAGCGCAUUUGGGAGGGAAUUGCAGACAUUACAUGACUCUCCAUUGUAUAGGGAGAUUUUCCUACGCAUGUCAAAUAAGAGGAGGAAUGAGUGGGUAAUUUCCCUAAAGUAGUUAGUGUUAUGAAAAUGUUUGGUGUUCUUGUGGUGUUGUGUUGUUAUCGUGCCAUGAUAUAAAGCUUAUGUGGGUGCUUUUGGAUUGCAGUAAACUUUAUGGAAGUAACGUGUAAAUCAAGUUUCUUUCCCAAUGUUUUAUUUUCUUCUUUACAAGGCCAGGAGCAAGCAUAUUUGCUCACAAGCAUUGUCCAGCAAGAGAAAACUUCUGGUGACCUAUAAUUGGCGUAGAAAUCGAUACUAAGUCAAGACCAAAAUAACAUUAUUGUUCUCGAUCACGUCCAAUCAAUCGUCCUAAAAAUGAAUGCAAAUCAAAUGAUCCAUAAUUUUCCUACCUUCAUACGGCAUAGUCCAUGGUCCCCAUGCCACCAGACCAAUAAUAGGAUGCCGACCACCUAGAUUCUUACCUUGGCCAAACUAAAUUAGGUUUCUUGGGACAAGAAGGCAACAAAAGUAAUAUUAGAGCCAAUUUACUAUGACAGUGAAAGCCGUCAAAAGAGACAGGAUUGUACGGUUCAAGGCGGUUGCUUGGUUGGUGGAGUUCUACCCAACUGAUUGGCCACUAUUAUCUGUCCAUCUUAUUCCAUCUCUUUUGAAUCCAUUUGCACUUGUUUGCAUGUCUUCUGCCGCAAAGUUUGCAUAGCUCAGCUGGUUAGAGCAUUGUGUUUAAAACACUUAUAAGAACAUAAAUGUCAUUGUAUUUGUUCAACAUUCUCAUCCUCAAAUUCCCAAGCCAUCAUUUUCCACGAGUUUCAAAGAAGGAAAGGAAGACAGAAUGACCCAUCGUCAUGAUGAAAUAGAGGAUUAUUACAGCUCAAUCCAGAAGUACUUCUUGGAAGAGCCACCACAAGUCGAUGAUUAUAAUCAUGAUGAACAGGUGUACGACAGCCAUAGAUUAAAGUGUUUGAUCCAAUCUCUGGAAGCGGAGAUUAACUACGGCCAUGAUCAUGAUCACGAUCUUCAGCAGCAGCUGCUGCAGGAACAACAACCGUUGGAUCAUGUUGUGGAAGGGAGUGAAGUAGGGUCGUAUUAUGGUGAUCAUGAGUUCAUCAUUAGCUGGAAUAAUCAUAUUGAGAUAGGGUUCAAUGAUUCAUUCUUCCUUGAAAGAUACAAUGCUGAUAAUAUGAGGAUAAAAAGGGAUUAAUCUUGCUUGCUUUCUUAAACCACACAACUUGAGGGGAUCUUUGAUGCUUGUUUACUAGGAAGAAUCUUUGCUUGGUUUGUUUAUAUCAGUAUAAACACCAUCAGUAAUAAUUUUCACGAUUGAUU